AUGCCUCAAGUAUUCUCAUCCUGGCAGGACAAGCUUCUGCACGAAUGCCUUAUUUUCAAAGACAACUUGGAUGUCCAGGCCAAUAUUCUACGGUGCGAUCCAGAUGGUCGAGGAAAGGAGCGAAACAUGGAUGUCUCUCGGGCAGUAGCAAAACUGUCCGCUCAGACGGAUCGGAUCAUAGACAUUGCACUCUGUAUGGUUGCUCGAGCUCCAAAUAGCGAGAUUAUUCGUCGCAACACUGCCUUUUGGAGCCGUGAAGAUGAUGGUCAUUACAAGUUCGAGAAUGUGUUCCUUGUCAUAGAGCACGACUUGGUCCAUAUGACAUUGGCUCUGAACAAGCAUCCAUGUCAGUACAAAUGUAACGACAUCGCUGGACGUCUUGAGAGGAUCGCAAGGAAAAUUUCAUUUAACCUGAAUGUUUAG